UAUCUGCCAUUGCGUCGCAGUUUCGCCGCUGGCGUUGCCACAGAGCCCUGUUGCGAAAACAGUGUUUUCUGGGAGGAAAGAGCUCCGGAGACAGCACGAAGGACCGCGAUGGCGCCAACUCCAUAGAUCGCCGCCAGCCAAUCAGCGCUCAGCAGAGCCGACAGGAAGUAGACACAGCGACACAUUGCUACACCCGGAAGUUGCUCGCUGAUUGUAGGGGCGACAUGGUGACGAUCGCACUUAAUGUUCGCAUGUUCAGACUUUAAACCAAUUUACAGCCACAAUGGACGACCGUCAAUUAGACCUGACACAGGCUCAGACAGCCGUCAAGUCUAAAUACCCACCGAUCAACAAGAAGUAUGAAUAUUUGGAUCAUACAGCAGAUGUACAAAUUCACUCCUGGGGAAACACUCUGGAAGAGGCCUUCGAGCAGUGUGCCAUGGGCAUGUUCGGAUACAUGACAGACACAGAGACAGUGGAACCUAUUGAUACAGUGGAUGUGGAGUCAGAGGGUGACGAUAUGGAGUCUCUGCUCUUCCAUUUCCUAGAUGACUGGUUAUACAAGUUUAGUGCAGAUCUCUUCUUUGUUCCCAGGGAGAUCAAAGUAUUGCACAUAGACAGAAUGCGCUUCAGGAUCCGCUCCAUUGGGUGGGGUGAAGAAUUCUCUCUGGAAAAGCAUCCACAGGGAACAGAGGUCAAAGCCAUCACAUACUCCGCCAUGCAGAUCCAUGAUAAAGAAAAACCAGACAUAUUUGUCAUUAUUGAUAUCUGACAAGAACUGCUGAGGAAAUAUCACACUUCUGGUCCCAUUUAACUGGAAGAGCGACACAGCCAAUUUAAGUGGCUUUUUUAUCCAAGGCACUGGUUAUUGACUUGUAAAUAGUUUUCUACAUCUGGAGUGGACUGCUGAACUUUAUCUGUCAGUUUACAGAUUAAUUAUAUGACACUGAUGUAUAUCAUUUGAUAUAUUAUUUAAUUAUCACAUAACUUUAAUACAAACGGGGAAGUUUAACUUGCUGUGUUUGUGCAAAUUCUAAUUGAUGAAAAGCUUGAAAGAAAAUGUUUAUUAUUCGUCUGGGAUUGAUAACUUGGUCCCUGGGGCUUUAAAAUAAAAUCUCACUUUUUAACAUUU